UCAAUCGGGACAAAGGCCUCACAUAAACCGGUCGUCGCUGUUGCCGGUAACCGGUACUUUGCGUCCGUCGACUUCUCGACAGUCGAUUCUGGACCUGUCAGUUCGCAUUUGCGCUCCUAUGAAGUCGGUCUCUUAUUGAUAAAAAUAACAUUCGCUUUUGCCGUCUUUCAACACGAGUGGUCGGCGUUCCCCGCCCGCCCAGCCGUAACAACAUCGUUACCGCCGUAUUACGAUUUACUCGUUUUUAACGGACAAACGGGACCCGUUCUCUACAUGAGUUUGUCUCGUACCGGACGGAAUUUUUUACAGUAACAAAAAUCGCCAUCGUACAUCGUGUGAUCAUUUUCCGAUUCGCUACAAUUUGUUUUGUUUCCUUUUUAUUUUUUUUUGGCGGCAAAUCCAUCGCGUCAUCGUCAGGAGUUUAAAGAAAAUCCAUACAAAUAGUACUGAUAGAGGAUUUAAUUGAAUAAAUAAAAAUGGAGACACCACCUUUUAAUCCAGAGCCAACUCGAAUGAUGACCAGAAGUGUUCUAGCUGAGAUACCAACUAGACUCGGACGAUUAUCCAUGACAGACCCCAAUAAUGGUUUGGGCCGAAAUGACCACCACCUUAAUAUAAUGAAUACCACUAUAAGUAACUUGCCAACAUCAAUGAUGACGCCAUCCCCUAGUCCCGAUGAAUUAAUCAUCCAACAAAGGGGACGUCGUAAGAUACCAGUUACUUUUAGUCCCGACAUUGAUUCCAUCAAACAGAAUAAUCAAGAAACUCCAACAAAAUCUGGUUGUUCUAAUUUCAUCAAGAGUUCAAUCGUUUUGAGAAGUACUCCUCGCAAAAGAUUACUGUUAAAUGAUCCACUGGAAUUAUCAUCUCCAGACAAAUAUAAAAUUGGCUCUCCCAGUUGUAAAAAAUUACGCACUGAUGUAUCGGUUGAACUACCAGAAGAUAAUUGUCUGUUAUCUGCUUUAAAAUCAUUGUCUCCAGAUCAGCUGAUUGGUAUAAUCGGACAGAUUGUCAUUGAUCAUCCGAGUAUUGAAAAGGAAAUUAGAUCACACUUUCCCGUGGCAGAUUUAAAACCCCUUGAAGAACGCAUUUAUUACUUGCGACGUAAUAUCUAUAAGGCUUUACCAAGUAGCCGAUUAAUUUCAAAAACUGAUCCAACUGCCUAUAAUAGAGUCUCAACUCAUGUCUUAGCAUUCAAGAAAUGUGUUGUUGAUCAAGGCAGACGCUUAGUUGAAAGCAAUCAGUGGCCAAUCGUUAUGGACUAUGUGUUCAUGGCAUGGAAGCAUGUCCGUAAUACUCCUAUAUGGGACAAUCCUGCCCACAAUGCUGCACGCAGACAGUGUUUCAAAUCACUAUCUGCUCAGUGUAUGACUGCCCUCAAACAUAUGAAGGACACUAUGACCCAGCAAAGCUGCGACAAUUAUACAAACCAAUUGAAGCUAUUAGUUGAUGACAGCGAAGACAUGGAAUGGUGUUUACAUUUCCUGAAUAUUCAUGAAUGAUCGCAUUGGUUUAAUAUUUUCUAUUAUUCUUUUCUAUUUUUUCCAUCUAUCGGCAAAGACAUUUGUAGUUGAUGGUUAAUAUUUUGACUGUAGGAAAUAAUUUAGCUACACAUACUAUGUAACAUCGCGUUAAUUUAAAAUAUUAAUAAAUUUAUUUUAAUUGUAUACAAAAAUUGAAUGUUUUCAACUUAUAUGUGAUUAAUAUGGUGUAUUGUGUUUUAUUUUUGAAAACCCGGUAAUUGUAAUAAUUUUGUAAACAAACUCACCCUAUUUUUUUUCUUCACCAAUUGUUGAAAUUGCACCAUCACCAUUAAACUACUACAUGUUUUUUUUAUUAGGGUUUAUUUGUUUUUAUUACCUAUUAUUAUUUAUUUCAUGCACCAUUGUCAUUUUUUUUUCUAUUAAAAUGUAUUAUUUAUUACAAUUGUCAUUUAUUAUUAUGUUCAUAGAACUGGACCAGUAAUUUAGUUAAUUAUUUUACAGAAUAUUAUUAGCAACAGUCUUGUAUUGUAGUAAAUUCAUUUUUUUUUUCUUACGAAUUAUUAAAAUAGAAAUUUUGCAUAUUGAUUAUACACAAUAUACUGAAAAUAAUGUAUUAUUAAAUUCGGUAAAUUUGUUCAACCUAAGACUAGGUAUAAACAGUGUUGUUCAACUGUGUAAAGCGUAUAAUUCAAAUCCUUUGAAAUAGACUGUAUAGUUAAUUUUAAUAAAAUAAAUUAAGUAUAUGUACUUAGAUUAAGAAAAAAAAAAUGUUCCAUGGGCAAUUUUAUGUUGUAUGUAUGUAUUACUUUAUUUAUGUAAGUUUGAGUUAUGUGUAACAUUUGUCGUAUUAGUAGACAAAUGUUUAAUUAUUAUUUGUAGAAAUGUAUCUGAACUCGUACAAUCCCAAUUAAAUGUAAUAAAUGAAUAAAUGCUAAUUAUACUAUA